GAUUUGAAUGCGACCAAUCAAAAUAUGUAAAUCAUGUGAGCUCUCUAUUCGGUGGUUUACGGUAAUUCAUCCCAUGAUCCUAUUCUCCAAAUGCUUGAUAUGCUAUGAUUCUAUCCUCAGAAAUAAACCGAAUACAGUGUUGAGAAUAUAAAAUCAGCUCUACGCAGAGACUAAAGCGGUGACUGUCGGAUCGAAGGACGGGUGUGUACAGUAUACAUCACUAAUAAAUGGUCCCGUAAGCGACGGACAUCAUGAAUACUGUCGAUUUUCAGACGCAGUUAACAUCCAUAAUGGAAAUGUUGGCAAAAACAGCGGUUGUUGAAAUAGGCAAACUUUUCGAGGAGAAUUCUUUGUUGCUGCGAUUAGAGAUUUCACGCUGUACAAACGAAAAUGAGUGUCUGAAAAAGAAAUGUCAUUAUUUGGAGAAUGAACUUCAGUGUUCGCGGAAAAGCGCUGGAAAGAUGAACGGGACAGAAGCUCCAUUUACCCAUCCGGGACUUACAGAGGCCGGACGUCGUCCUGCAAUUAACAAUGUCUUCGGUAAGGAAUGGUGCAUGAACCUCUGGAGACACGAGGAGUCACAUGUUGGUGAGCAGGGGGACACACAUCUGGACUCUUCAGUCAACACCGAAGAGCCAGUAGAUUUGCUGGACGAAGAACCAGAUAUGAUCAUGAUCAAGGAGGAGACGUUUGAAGAUUGCUCUGGGAAAAAUAACCCUGAGGAAGAUGAAAGUUGCACUUUGAGAGGACCUGCAAUGACCAGUGAUGAGAGAUGUGUCGCCCAAAGCUCCGAUGAUUUUAUCUCAUACAUGGUACCUUCAGAUGACCAAGUCCAAUCGAACGUUCACCAGACACAAGCUGAAGAACAAGCUCUUGAUGGAAUGAUCUCUACACAAGGAGACAGCACAACAGAGCAAACUUUCCACAAUACACACAACCACACAAGUAUUUCAGAAGAGAAGAGGUUUGAGUGUGUAUUCUGUCGACGAACCUUCAACAAAUUAACCUACCUGAAAGCGCACAUGCGAACACACUCCGGAGAAAAGCCUUACGUCUGUACAGUUUGUGGUAAAAGAUUUGCUCAAAAAACGUACCUCAGAAUACACCAGCGCACUCAUUCUGGUGAGAGACCGUACUCGUGCAUGGAGUGUGGAAAGAGCUUUGCUCAAAAGAGCUCUCUAAAUGUACACCUCCGAAGCCACACUGGAGAGAAGCCAUAUAGCUGCUCAGAGUGUGGCAAAAGCUACGCGUACAAACAGGGUUUCAAUACACACCAGUGCUUCAGUUAGUCUAGUAUACAUACUGAAGUGAACUAUUACUGAAUUGUAUCUGUAUCAAAGUUGCUGUUACAGCAGAGUGUGCAUUACUCUGCAAUAUAAACCAUUAGCAAGUUGCAAGCAUGUCCAAUUUAUUUUUAUUUUUUUACAGAAAUGUAAAGUCAUUUGACAGUGUUUGGAAACGUGUUAUACAGAAGCAUCUGGAGUUUUCUGUGCAUUGACUUAAACUUCAUUUAGGACCAUCUAGAUGUGUAUAUUCAUUUGAAAAGAGGGAUAAAAAAUCAUGCUUGAAUAAAUUUGACAAAGUGAGUGAAA